GUGUCAGCUGCUUGGCUUGGCGCCUCCCCUCUCCUCUAUAAAUGCAGGAAAUCUAUUCAUUCGUACCACAGCGAGCCUGGAGAUCCGUGCGAGUGAUGCGUUAACAGACCAGAAAGGCGCCUAUCGACCGUUGUUGAGCUGUGCAGAGUAAAUUUUAUUCUAACCUCGAAUCGCUCCUGUUCCGGUAUUUUUUCCACGUCUCUUGUUGAUCUUUAAAAUGAAGGCUGUUACUCCCGUCCGCCCCCAGGACUCCUCCAGCAGCAGCGCGCUCUCCGUGCACUAUCUGUCGAAGCGCAGCGCGAACAUCGCGCGGUGCCGGAUGGAAGAGGAGGACCUGUUUUGCCUGCAGUACGACAUGAACGACUGCUACAGCCGGCUCAAGCGCCUCGUGCCCACCAUUCCACAGGAUAAAAAAGUCAGCAAAGUGGAGAUCCUCCAGCACGUCAUAGACUACAUCCUGGACCUGCAGCUGGCCCUGGAGACGCACCCUUCCCUUCAGAAACAACAGACACAGCGGAGCGGAACCUGCCCGCCUCCAGCCUCCAACCCGAGCCGGACACCGCUGACUGUCCUCAACAUUGACCACCAUCAGAGGACAUCACUAGUCAAAAAACCAGAGGAUUCGAUUCUAUGCCGCUGAGAUUCUGCACUGGUGCGCCGGUUGCACAGAGCUGCUCCAAAGCCAGCAAAGCUUCACCACGGACUCGCACCCAACAACCCGAGGCACAGUCACAAGGGGAUUUGAAAACCGCUGUGAGGAAUUCCACCCAAAUCAAAUCACUUCUCAUACCAGCUUGUCCUGCUGUGAACAGGGAGCCACUGUGUAACCGUCUCCUUCCCCUGCUUAACUGUCACUAACUUUACUUGAAAAUUGUCUAAAAUCCCCGCGUUGAGUCGGCUUUGUUGGAAACGCAAUUUAUGAAUUGUGCUUAGAGAAAAAAGAAGCAGUUUAAAGCUUUACUAGUGUGCAGAAAUCGCAGUCUAUUGUUUAAAAUAGACGGUUUGUGUUGAACAGGGAAGUCGUCUCUGGAACCUUCAAAUAUUUCAUAUUGUAAAGAACAAUUCUGAUUGGAGACAAUUAAGACUGUACAUAUAGAGAAACCUUCUAUUAAAGUAUGUGAAAGGAUGACUUAUAUGCUUCAGAUAGACUAUUGUAAUUAUAAGAUAUUUUUAUUAAAACCUUUUGUUGUGGUUGUUGAUGUAAAUAUUGUGUUUCCACAUUGAAGUGUUCGGUGAAUGAACGUGAUGUCGUCAGUAAUAGUUGAACAUGUAGCAUGUCUGGCUCCGUGUAGAAAUGUGACCGAGUCCUUCCUCUUAUUUGCUCUGCUCAGCUUUCUCUUUUUGUUUUGUACUCAUUAACUGUGACGGCUCCGAGCGACAGGGCCCGACGCUGUUUGAUCCUUUACAAUUGGAGAGUAUUUUAUUAAAAAAGAAAGAAAGAAAGAAAGAAAGAAGGAGAGCACUUCUGACAGUGUUUACAAUGUGAAAUCAGUGACAAAUAAUGUGUGUUAUGUUUCCACUCUGUGCUCAGCCCUUUGAAAAGGUCAUGAUUGAUACAAGAACUCAUUAAAGGACUAUACCGACUUUUUUAUGUUUUAGAUAUAUGUAGCCAGCAUUCAAACAUUUUCAACACAUAUAACUGGAACGGUGAAGUGAAACUCUGCCCCCAAUUUUCACCGAGAACCACUGAGAUUAUUUAAUUUUUACACAGUUUAACUUGUUAACACAUUGAUCUUUUUCAGGAUACAAAAUCCAUCAUAACGUACAAACUGCCUGUUACGAUUUUUUUCUGUUACAUUUAUUUAUUAUUUUAAUAUAAUUAUAAAUAAUGAGAGGGUUAUCUGGUUAUAUCUCCAAGUGGUGCAUGGACAUCCUGUGGCAAAGAAAUAAAGAGACAUUUAUGAACGUCAUAUUGCAUCACUGAUCUGUCUGAGAACACACGGUAAAAAAAAACAGAUAAA